AUGGCGGAUGGGUCGCCCGAGGACCGUGCCGGCCCGAAACAAACGAACGAUUUAACUUUUUCCGCGCCCGAUAAAGGACUUGGUGACACAAAGAAGUGCAGUGGCGAAACAUUUGAUGACGAUAGUGUAAAGUUAUCGUUCUACAAAAAACUUAAAACGAGUGAAUCGUGUGGGAAUAGUGAUACGCGCAGCGUGGCCGCUGAUCGCGCGGCGGUCGGCGAAACAUAUUCCCGAAAAUCGUCUAGUGCGAGCUCAGUGGAUGGAGACGAAAGGAAAAAGAGAUGUUUAGACAGAUACGACAGCUCCGAGUCAUCUGACAGGUGA